AUGUGGCAAUUCGCAAACCUCUGCCAAUGGAUCUACCUCUUUGGCAAGGCUGUCAAGAUACCGGAGGAGAUAGACAUCGAGCUCCUCGAGGAAGAAUGCCUUCGUCCCCAUUCCGCGGUUCUCCGAGAUAUCGGCCUAGCACUUCUGAAAUGCCUGUCCUCGCAAAGAGGCUUAACGAUUGACCACUUCGAUGAAUACGCCCGAAGGCAGUUUGCUGCCAAAGCCCCGAACAAGAACCCCUUCGGCACGGAUCCUGACCCGCGCAAGUUUGACGAUUUUGACAUCACAACGAAGGCGCCUUCAUAUACCGACGCGACACACGCGAGGAAGCGACCGAAAAAGUCACGUUCAUCCUUAAGCCGGCCCAAGAAGCGGUCUAGAUCUAACCAAUCCGCUGCACCAGUAGAGAGAGCUUGCGAAGGCGGAAUCGAGGAUGGUGACGGCGAGAUUGAUAACGGGUUGGGUGGUAUGAAGUGGGAGUGCAUUGCCAUCACCCUGGAUGAGGUAACCGAGUUUUUAAAAACAUUACAACGGACCAAAGACGAAAACGAGAAGGUGCUCCGGGAUCAGAUCCAGACUCAUCUCAUACCGAUCUUACAGAAGGAUGAGGAGGCACGCAAGAGGAAGGCUCUACAAAGGGAACGUGAGUUAUUGAAUUUGGCCAAAAUGGCCAAUGCAAAACGUUCGAGCCGAAUUGCCGGCAGGAUGGAACAAAAGAAACGUGAGGCGCAAGCGCAAGAAGAGGAACAAAGACAGCAAGCGUCUGCGACGGCGGCAAGGCGAGAUGAGGAAAUCCGACAGAAACUAGAAAGGGAGCGUGAGUCUCGGAUGAUGGCCCGAGAGAGAAGGCUGAAAGAUCGAGAGACGAGACGAUCACAUUAUGAGUCGGAGCUUGCCCAGCUAUCUAGGGACAGCGAAACUCCCGACCUUCCAGCACAUCGCACUUCUGGCCGUCAACUUCAACAGGCGAUUCAAAAAACAAAGCAGGCCCUGCAAGAUUUGGGAAGCGAAGAGGAGGACUGGGUUUUCGAUUGCGUCUGUGGUGUCUACGGGCAAGUGGACGACGGAACCCAUAGCAUCGCUUGCGAGCGGUGCAACAUUUGGCAACAUAGCAAAUGCGUCGGUAUUAGUGAGGAAGAGGCUGAUCGACCCGAGUUCCAUUUUGUGUGCGCCGCGUGCAGGCGCAAGGAGCUCGAAGCUUCAACGCCAUCAAAGUUAACAAUCAAACUGAAAGUCAAAUCCCCGAAUCACGAUGGAGGCCUUGCUCCUAAACGUGGAAGUUUCAGGGAUUCCUCGAACGGCCUCGAAUUGAACCUGGCUUCCAAUUCACCUACGAAUAGAUCUGCACCGCCUAAUGGCGAGGGCGUGAUCAACAGCAACAGCAACAACUCCCGUCCCCAUCCAUUACUAGCCCAGGAUGGCGUUACACCGAACAUACUUCUCGAGCACCGUCCCCAGUCCGAUGAGAAGCCCGGAGUUCAUAGUACACCGAGGGCCUGUGCACAGAACUCUUUGGAGGAACAUGGCCGGCAAUGGCUUGAGGAGCAUACGAAAGACGACAAGCUCCAAUCUGACUCGCCCACAAAUCAAUUGAGCGUACCAAGUAGAAAAUCACCCUUACUUACCCACUAUGCCGAGUAUGAGCCUACCUACCUACCUCCAUCCUCACGCACGAGUGGCCUCUUUACUAGCGUUUCUGAAGGGACUGCAGAUGGGAUGGGUUCUUUCGGGUCUACGCAAAUCAACCGCAGUGCCGAAUCAUCUAUCCUACCACCUGUUUCCGCCGGUAUCUCCCCAGUUAAACCAUCGGUUUCUCUAUCUUCAUCCUUCAAUGAGUGCGGAAACCAUUCCCCCUCGGGUGUUAGUACUCUUGUCUCACCACCUCCCGCACUUUCUCCUGUCGUCCGCGAGCAGAUCUCCACGCCCCCAGUCAAGCCAUCCUCACCACCAUCUUUGCAUAGGCGUCCAAGUUUGGCCCACAGCUCAAUAUCGAUAGGUGGUGAUAAUUAG